AGCUUCAGUUUGGAGUACUCGUUGGGCCGGAAAUCAUCCCGAAAGCCAACGGAACGAUAGAGACACUACGCUACGGAGGUUCCAUUUUUUUGGCUGUUGACACACGUCUGAUGAUAACACGGGCCUUUUGGCUUUGUAGAUUAAGAUGGAAAUGAACCAUUACGGCUGUACAAUGUUAAUAAGCGGAAAUUUGGGUUUAUGGCAUGGGGGGUCUGCACAUUUGCACAUUGCGAAGGGGAAAUAAAGGCCGGCCGCGUCUGCCGCUUAUCGUACCUUUGAUCGGGCGAAUAUAUAGUUCAAGGUAGGCGAAAACAAUUUGGCAAACGGGAAACGAGCAGGAGUUUCAUUCUUGCGGUGCGUGUAGUUGCUUUCGGUUAAAAAAACAAAACCAUUCCACACUCGCGUGAACGUGUGAGAUAACGUGCACAUCAUCCACUUGACCGUCUCAGGUGGUGGGACACGGAAUUCAUUCUUGUUGUUGAAGCGUACGCGUAUGAGCAACGUCCGCACACGGGGGAGCAGUUCCGGCACAUUCGGAAAAGCUCUUCCGGCCGGAUGUCCUUUUAGGUGCAUGAUGCACUGAGCCUCGCAGUUACCACUCGGAUACGGACCUCUUUGGUCGCGUUCGAGGGAUAGAUGCUGAAUUUUUGCCCCGUAUGUGUGACUACUACCAGACUACUCAGUCCGUAAAAUUCAAAAAAAGACAUAGUAGGCGCAGUAGGAUAAAUAUAGAUGCGGUGUGAUGAUUUUACCGUGAGGAUCCCAAGGACUUCUGCAGCAUUAGGCCCGGAUAAGUAAUCAAGGAAGUUGUCCCAGUAAAUACAGCAAUUGUAAAUGAGUGUGAAUGCAGCAAACGCUUGAUUCGGCAGAGUGAUUCGCGUUAUCCGUUAUAUUCAAAUGAUUUUUAUUUUUAUUUUUUAGUAUCACGGCACACAUGGGGUAAUACCUUGCGUACAUCAAUCUUGGUCAAGAUUUGUUUACGAAUGCGACACACUUUGUGAAAAGCAAGGACGCUGCCUUUCCUAUCGACCAGAGCGAAAGUAAUACCUACCUAAAAAGUGAUAUGUUUGAACGAUACCUAUCGGCGCUUCAAUAUCCUCGCGUAGGACAGCUCAACAUCGAUGAUCCGAAAGAUUUCCGUGCCUUCGUACUGUGGCUGGAGGAUCAGAAGAUUCGCUUCCUGCCCAUCGAUGGCCGGGAACCACUGAGAAAAAUCAACGCCCCCGUGGAAUGGAAUCGAGCGUACGAGAAAUAUAAGCAGGACAUACGACUGCCGACGCAUCUGAAAACAAAGCAAGAGGAAAUAACGUGGUUGCUGCUGUAUGCGAUCCGGCUCGAGUACACCGACAAUGCGGAACAGUACCGCUCUAUAACGGGAGCUAAGAAGUUGGAAGAGGAGGCAACGAAAUCCAGCAUACCGGAAGUGCAAUCCACCAACCCGUUCGAUGCGUUUGACUUUACCAGCGCGGACUUUGAGGAGGGAUCGUGGAAGCUGGCCGAACGGCUCGGGAUCGCUUACCAUCCGGACCAUCUAGUGUCACUACAGGCGGCCGCCAAAGUAAUUAGCAGUGCGUACAGUAAGGAAGCUCUCAAGGAACGGGUCAUCACGGGGCAACCGUUCCCGAUCGAGCAGGGCAGUGGGGUGGGGCUCGAAACGGACCAAGAUUUGGGCCAGUGUGCAAGGAUAUUGCGCCUGCUACAGAUUCAAAACAUUCGUCAACUGCAAACGACCAUUAACGAAACGAUUGUGGCGGUGCAAAACGUGACGGCGGAUCCGCGGACCGAUACCAGCCUAGAUCUGAAGGAAUUCCGCUCGCUGGUCUCAUGGUUGGAGGAUCAGAAAAUACGCCAUUACACGAUUGAAAACCGGGAAUACUUGAAGCAGAUCGGUUCGGUCGAGGUUUGGGAGGCGGCGUACGACAAGUACAAGAUCGACGUCGGACUCCCGUACGAGCUGGAAACGCGACAGGAGCAACUGACCUGGCUGCUGCUGCACGCCAUCCGGCUGGAGUAUUCGGACAACGUCGAUACCUACCGACCGCUGAGCGGUGCCCGGAAGGUGGAGGAACAGAAGAAAUCAAACGCACCGGAAGUGAAGUCGACCAAUCCGUUCGAUAGUCUCGAUUUCACCAACGCUCAGUUCGAGGAAGGCGCCCGAAAGCUUGCCGACCGGCUUGGCAUUGCCUACCAUCCCGAUCAUCUCGUAUCGCUGCGUGCGGCCGGUCGUGUGAUUCACGACUGCUUCAACAAGGAAACGCUAAAGGAGCCGCUCAUCGCCGGGCAACCGUUUGUGCUGGUGGGGGCCGCCGAUAGCAGCAAGAGCAACACCAUCACCACCAGCACAACAGGCAAAGCACCGCAUACGGACGCCGAGCGGGAUCUGGAAAAGGCGGCUCAGAUAUUACGGUUGCUGCAGAUACAGAACAUGCGCUCGAUGCAAACCACGAUCAACGAAACGAUUGUGGCAGUGCAGAACGUUACCGCCGAUCCGAAAACGGACUCGGCACUGGGGAAGGUGGGCGUGUAAGGGGAAGGCAAUACUUGUGAUACGUACAACUGCGUACAUACUUAAACUAUGUUAUAAUUAAUAAAAAUCCGGUCAAUCAUUGUUUCUAUUUAA